CUCUGUUUCUACGCACUCAUGGGGAAGCAACUUGGGUCGGUAAGCUUUUGAUAGCCUCUAGGUGUCUGGAGACGCUUGAAAGAACACGGAGAUGAACGCAACGAUUUACCGUUCCGUUGAUGGCAUCCUCGAAACGUUCAACUCUCUCACCGGGCAUCAACAAUCAGGCAUUACGCACCCAGUUAUGCAGAGCGCAGCCCUUACCCCAGUGCUCACGCAUCCCAAAGUUUCCAACAUAUCCAAGACAGGCAUGGGCAUCAUCAAAACGGUUAAAGUGCACUUGAGACAUCAAGACAAAAACGGGGUUGAAAGUAGAUCCAGUUCUGGAAAUCGGCAGGUUUCAAGUGAUCGACUCACAAAAAGGUCCGUGGAUCUGAUGGAGCUGGGUCUGGCCAAGCCCAGGAACUGUCAUAGAAUAGUUGUGCUUGGCGCGCCAAAAGUGGGUAAAACCAACAUCCUCCAACGAUUCUUGGGUAAAGAAUUUGAAGAACACUACGAACCAACAAUCGAAGACUUCCACAGAAAACUGUUCUACAUAGGAGGGGAGGCAUACCAGAUCGAUCUACUGGACGCCUCGAGUGAGAGGGACUUCCCUGCAAAACGGAGGUUAUCAAUACUGACAGGUGACACCUUCCUGCUUGUGUUCAGUCUGGAUGACAGAGAGUCCUUCAAUAAAGUCUGUGAGCUUCUCAACGAGAUCAAAGAUGCUAAGGCAAAGUUACUGAAAUGUAAUCUCCAUAGAGUCCCACCAGUCGUUAUAUGUGGGAAUAAAGCGGACUUGAAGGCGCAGAGAGUCGUCAGACAGUCAGAGGUAGUAGAAGGCAUCGGUGAGGAUGUGACAUUCUUCGAAACCUCUGCUAAAGAUGGUACCGGAAUGGAAGCUGCGUUCAGUGCCCUAGCAACUCUAGGCAGACUGCCUGAUGAGAUGAUUCCGUCACGGCAUGAGAUGAUAUCCCUCUUCACCUACCAGUCGAUGUGCAUCGGCCGGUCAGGCAGGAGAGGGAGCCGGGGACUCUGUGCGCCCUGUGCCGCAGUGGACCCUCUGGCGUGCCGCCCGAGCUUCACCAGCGACCUGCGGCUUGUGCUGAAAUCAAGCACCAAAAACAACAAACCCGAGAGGUGUCAGAUUCAAUGA